UUAGCUGAAGCUGAUCCAUUUCACACUAAAGUGCAGCCAGUUAAUCAGCCAUCGUUGGACGAGGCAAAUCCGUGCGUUACUUCCACAGUCUUCCUUUCUGGGCUUCGUGGUGGUCAUGGGGCUCAUACAACUGAGGAUUGUACUCUCGUAUGCAGUCAUCCUUCACCUGUUACAAAUAAUGGCUCCUCUCUGAGAUCAAUGGGAACACAUCCAGCACCCUUGCCAGCACCCUUGCCAGCACCCUUGCCAGCACCCGCAGGACAGCAAACGGGGCCCACUCAAGUCGCUUCAUCUUCCCGAUUCCAACUUGAUCCAGCUAUUGAACCGGAACCUGCGCGAUAUGUUAACUUUCUAUUUUACGAGGGUUACUCGGUGGAAAUAUUGGGUGGAAAACACUUUAAGACUCGUGAUGGAGAGUUUGUGGAAGUGAAGAGUGGAACACAGUAUAAAAUACUCGUCAAAAAUUCACGCACUUAUGGUUGUCAUUUGGACAUAUCUAUUGAUGGUUACGAUAUUGGUGGAUGGGCUCUCCACGGAGGAGAGGAGAUGUCAAUCGAAAGAUCAGCUUAUGAGGCCAAGAAGUUCACCUUCUACCGAGUGAAAACUGCACCAAAAGAAGCAGGCAUUGAAUCUGGCCGGCCUGAAAAUGGUCUUGUGAAGUGCGUGUUCACACCUGAAGCUUUCCUUAACAUUCCAGUGAUCACCUCUGAUUCUUCUCAGCCAUUGAAUGUGAGCAUACCUCCAUCGGCGACAGUUGGUGAGUUAAAACAUGAGGUGCAGAGCCAAAUGGAAGUACGGAAUGACCCGGAUCAAGUUCUAGCUCUAGACGACAAGGUGCUCCCAAAUGAUUCUCUCGUAAAUCGUGUUCUCAGGACACCGGGAAAUCUGAGACUUAUUGAUGCAGAAAUGACAAUUUCAGUGACAGUCGAGGCAUCCUCCAAAGUAUCUUAUCCAAAAACCUUUCCAAUAAAGGUACAUCCGGGCAGGUCAAAGGUCCAUGACCUCAUGGAACAGAUAGAGAGACGGCUCAACGUUCCGGUCAGUGACCAAAAGCUUUACUUUGGAAAAACUCUCCUGUCCGGAACACCAAGUGAGUGCCUCCCUGAUAAACUCAUCUGCAGUCCACGACCGGCUGUAGCCGUCAUCCUCCCGGAGUAUAUUCAUAUAACUGUGGAAGAACAGAAUGGUGACUCGCAUGCCUUGAAGAUAGACAAAGAGAAGAACUUGAAGGCUGUCAUGGAAGAAAUUCCUUCGUGUUGUAACCUGCAAGAAAAUACACAGGUCAUAUUUUAUUUCAAUGAAAAAAAACUCUGUCCUUUUAAAAAUAAAGGGAACUUAGACAACCUGGGUAUUUGUUCUGGAUCAAGGCUCGAGUUGAAAAUGAAGAUUCUUUCCAUCGAAGUUGAAGCUUGUUUCUCAGGUGGUUCUCCACCCGUCCGCGUGAGAUGUAGUCCUCAAGAUACUUUCCACGAUUUGAUGGAAAAGAUUGGGGUGAAGAACGAUAAGAAAAAAUGGAGGUUUACAUUUGCAAUGGACACAAGAAUUUUUGAUCCAGAUGAAGACAAGAGUCCGUUACAAGAUUACGGAGUUACGCACGGCUGUACCCUUCACGUGACGAAACAUCUGGCCGCUGAUACUUCCAUCAUGCCUCACGAAACGGCUAAGUGUAACGGAGGUGGUCUUUCUGAUGUCCCUGGGGAUAGAGAAGGGAAGAAAUCAUUUUUCCGCAAUGUAAAAGAAAAGCUUUUCGGCAAGCCACUUGAAGAGUGCACGAGCGGUUUAACCCAUUUAGGCGAGUUACCGAUGGAUAUGCCAGAGGAACCUGAUAGAAAGAAAGACUUUCCUUUUUUCCUUGAUAAGGGAGAAAUGGGAGGUUUCUUUGGAGGUGAGUUACCGAUGGAUAUGCCAGAGGAAUCUGAUUUGGUUGGUUUCAAGGAAGACGAAGGUUACAAGGCCAAUCGUGUCAACGUCGUUGAAUCGGAUCCAGAAUGGAGAUCAGGUGGAACAACAUUACAAGGCCAAAGCACACAACAGUUUAUCCCGGCUGAACCAAUCACAGUGGAUCCUUCAAAGAAGAUUGAGUUGGUUCUCAGGCUUGUGGCAAGAGAGGGAGAAGAAGGUCUCAAAUUCCCUGAAGGCAAGUGCACUCCGUUGUCAACUCUGAUUCCGCCAGCUGUCCAAGAGUAGAGCAUAGACUGGGUCGGUGUCUAUGCAAUGAUUGACUGUUAGAUAGCUUUAGAUAGAGUAACCUACAGAGUGACUACUGGAUUCACUUUGACGAAAUUAUGUCUAAACUGGAUAGUUGUGAAAAUAAACCACAUCGCGCUGAUUUUGUACGACCACCUGGUUAAGGACCGUUGAAAAUAAGUUGCAUGACUUAAGCUAGUCAUGGUCAAAAACAAACAAACAAACAGUGGAAAAGUUUGAAGCAUGUUUCUGCUAUUUUUUCUCUCUGACUCUCUGGUGUGGUUAUUUUAUUUUGUUAUCUGAAAAUAGUCAAAUCAGAGGAACGUGGAAGGAUUUCAUCAGUGUGCCUUUCGCUUUACAUGAAUGUUCAUCUAGUAAUUUUCCUAGAAAUGUGAUCGAAGAAAUGACUCGAAAAACUGAUGUAAAAAUAGCUCUCUUAUGGGCACAUUGGCAAAAUAGUCCUUAUAAUGAACGAGCCAGUUAGAAUACUAUAUAAGCGCCCUAUAGCUAUGGAUCACAGCGAAGAGGCACGCCGCGCGCUUAACUUCCAAUGUAUCAUCAGUGAUGUGAGGUUUGUGUUUUUCGAGAACAGCAUAGAGUAAAUUGAAACUGAGAAAUUUUGUUCGUUAUGUAUUGUACAGUAACUCUGUUAUAAACUGUAACAGUUGGGAAGCACUUUGUUGCUUUAUUACAUCAUUCCUAAAUCGGUGGAAUGAAGGUAAUCUUGGAUAAUUUUGUUUUAAAUCGAUUUACAUGAUGUACUCGUUGUACCAAAAGUUCUCUUUUUAAUAUUUUUUUAAAUUUAUUGACUCUCUGAAUAUUUGCAAAGUAAUGAAAAUCAGAUCAAGAGGAUCUUCGUGUACUGUUUGUAUGUGACCUGAGUAAUUUCCUUUUCAACUAAAGAAAAGUGCCAGUGUUUAAAAAACUGCUAUACAAGGUUGAAUGUGUUCGACAAAGUUGAUAUAAAUCUAUAAUCGUGCGAUCGUACCGAGCCGCCAUAUUUGUUUUGCUAGUCGACAUUUUCAAAGCUCGCGCCACAUUUGCGUCCAGAUCUCGCGCGGUCAAAAAACCCGAUUCGUCACCGGCGAUGAGGGACCAACAACCUGUAGUACAGCUAUGUCAACCACAUGGAUACUGCGAAGAUAGUUAAUUAAUUAAUUAAUCAAUUAAUAAAACAAAGGAGAACGAAAAAGAAAAAUGAAAGAUGGUGUACUAAAUUAAAGGAAUUAAAGAAAGGUGAGGUAGGUUAUGAAGUCGGGUUGCUAAAUUUAAUGGGGUAAAGAUAAACUCUAAAACCUUUUGUACAACUUAGUCUAAAUAUGUAGGUUAACUAUGUCUUGAAUGUAUUAAAUAUACUUUUAAUGGGUUAGUAUUAGUUG